GUUGCUUAGUUGAGCGCGUGCAGUGGGCGGUCCGCGCGUGAGAGAAAACCCCCGUGCGCGCUCCGUCCCGAUCAUCACACUCUUCGCAGACCUCCAUCUAUCAGCUCAUACCUACCCACCCUCAGUCCACCCUCAGGAGCGUUUGAUGCGCGAUCGGAGGCGAUGCUUGAGUCCGGCGGCGGCGCGGUGCUGAAGGAGGGCGCGCUGGAGAAGCGCAGUGAUGGUCUGCUGCAGCUGUGGAAGAAGAAGCGCUGCGUGCUGACCGAAGAGGGACUGGUGCUUCACCCACCCAAACACCACCACCACCACCACCACGACACCGCCUGCAAGGCGAAGGAGCUGCACUUCGCCAACAUGAAGACGGUGGACUGCGUGGAGCGCAAGGGCAAGUACGUGUACUUCACGGUGGUGAUGUCCGAGGGCCGAGAGAUCGACUUCAGGUGCCCGCAGGACGAGGGCUGGAACGCGGAGAUCACGCUCCAGAUGGUCCAGUACAAGAACCGCCAGGCGAUCCUAGCCGUCAAGUCCAGCCGGCAGAAGCAGCAGCAGCUGCUCGUGGUCUCCGCGCAGAAGAUGCUCCGAAACGCGCAGUAGGACGCCGGAGAGCCGCGAUAUUGAUGGACGUCACCGCGCGUAAAAAGCGCUGGAUGCGCAUCACGUACGUCGCUUUAUAGUGUCACCUUCCGCGCACGGACGCUCUCCGUGCAUUGAAAGACAUCACGGCUGAAGAAGCACCGGGAAUAUCUCCUGUCAGACACGGGGACCGGGGCAAGUUGUCACAGUGACGUUCUGAAUUUUGCCCUCCAAAUGAGAGAUUUUGGGGUAAUAGGGCUUUGGUAAACUGUGAAACCACAAUGGGAUUUGUGACCCUGGAGCACAAAACCAGCCAUGAGUUGCACAGGUAUAUUUGUAGUAAUAGCUACACUGUAUGGGUUAAAAUGAUCGAUUUUUCUUUUAU